UUCAAUGUGGUAGUAACUGUUGAAUGUAUGAAAUAAUUUGUUCGUCAAGCGAACGUCAAAAUUAUAAAUUACGUUUAAUUAAAAAUGGCAAAAAAGACCUAUGAUUUACUUUUUAAAUUGCUGUUAAUAGGAGAUUCUGGUGUUGGUAAAACUUGCAUAUUGUUCAGAUUUUCUGACGAUGCAUUUACGACUACCUUUAUUUCAACUAUUGGCAUAGAUUUUAAAAUAAAGACCGUUGAAUUAAGAGGAAAGAAAAUAAAGUUACAAAUAUGGGAUACUGCAGGACAAGAAAGAUUCCACACUAUCACUACAUCUUAUUACAGAGGUGCCAUGGGAAUUAUGCUGGUUUAUGAUAUAACAAAUGAAAAAAGUUUUGAAAAUAUAAUAAAAUGGCUAAGAAACAUAGAUGAGCAUGCUAAUGAAGAUGUUGAGAAAAUGAUAUUAGGGAAUAAAUGUGAUAUGGAAGACAAAAGAGCUGUUAGUAAGGAAAGGGGAGAAGCUGUGGCCAGAGAACAUGGGAUAAGAUUUAUGGAAACAUCAGCCAAGGCAAGUAUAAAUAUAGAUCGAGCAUUUAAUGAGUUAGCAGAAGCAAUAUUAGAUAAAACAGCAGGAAGAGAACCUGGUGAUCAUGUCGACAGAGUUACUGUAGAUAGAAGACAACAGUCAAGCACCACAGGCUCGUGCUGCAAUAAAUAAGCCAUAAUUUAAGUCCUAAACGUUUUACUCAAUGAUAUUCAAUUUUUGUGAAUUUUAUUGUAGAAUAUGAAAUUGAGUAUAUUUUGUAGGAUUGUGUUGAUUAUGCAGUUACUUAAUCUCUCUUUUUCCUUAUUUUUCUUCAACUCAUUUUGGAUUAAGGAACGAGAUUAAUAGUUUGUUUAUAUAUAUUUUUGUAAUUUAGUUUUCGUACAGGAAGAUUUUUUUCUCCUUGAACAUCGUAACCUUUGUAAUACGUAUUAAUUUAUUAAGAGAAUGAAAAGAUAACAGGAAUAUUGUUUUGUUCAUAUAAGGAAGCACAAUAAGAACUCGUAGGGAAAUAUGUUAUUUGCUUAAUAGAUGUCUGCUUUAAGGUUGUAAAGAAUGUAUAUAUUAAUUAUGGGGAAUGUUCAAUAUAAAAUGGAUGUUGAAUGAAGGAGCUUUGUAAUAGUAAAUUCUCAUGACUAGUCAUACACAGGUUUGAAGGUUGUAUUUUUUUUUUUUCUAUUUAUCAACUGUGUUACUGAUCUCAGAAUCUGAAUUUUAUAACUUAAACAUGAAUGACCAAAACACCAAAAUAAAUUUUUGGUUUAAAUUCACAUAAUUAAUGUACUGUAUAAUCAUGAAAAAAUGCUCUUAACUUUAUUUUUGAUAUACGAAGUGUUUCGUUAGUCGUAGUAAAUUAAAAUUUUCAAAAUUAUGUACUUCACUUUUUUGCAGUCAUACUUUAUAAUAUGCAAAUCAAAUAUUAAAAUUUAAAUUAGAUACUCAUCUACAUUUUUUAUUUAUGUGUAAUCAUUUUUUUUUAACUUAUCAAGAAAAAUUGUACACCUUAAUAUAAACUUUUGCAACUUCAAACUUGUUAAAACAAAAAAUGACUUUGUAUUCAUAAAUUGCCUUCUUGUCGCUACCAUUACAUUGUACACAUUGGCAAAGAUCUGCAAUAUUUAUAAAUUGUAAUAGUAAUUUCCAAUAUUUUUUCUAUACCUACUUGAAAAGGUAUGUAAAAUGUUUUUAAAUAAUAUGCAUUGGAGGAUAAAUUUAUUUUGUGUAAAACGUUUUUUUCUCAAUUGGUUGGAAUAUUGAGCUAAAAUAUGUUUUCAAAUACUUAAUUUGCCAUUAUUAUAAGUUUAAGCUUUCAUUGUAAUUUACUAUAAAUGAGUGUUAAUAUACCAAUUGCUUUGUUA